UGAACAGUUCACAUCAAUUUUUUCCUGAACUUGCUUUGUAAAUAUUAAAAUUGUGUAGUGCUACUUAUCACCAAAACAAAACCCCAAAUUUAAUUUCAUUUAAUUUAAGUGGUAAUUUGUCACAAGCGCCAAGAUGCUGUUAGUACAAGUGGUUUCAAGUUUUGAAAAUAGUCGAGAUGUGCCUUUGCACCAGCCAAUCUUGUUUGAGAUCGAGGAUAACGCAAACAUUCUGCAUCUGUGCCAAAAGCUGGAGCCUAUAAUGGCGAUACCCCUGUACGAGAUUAAAAUCGAAAAAUUAGGCAAGGGAAUAGACAAUAACGAAUUGAUUUCUGAUGUUUUGGAUGUGGGGACUUCUGAAGAUUUGGGAACGGACGCUGAACUCUCUGUCCUACACGGCAGCUCAUUUGUGGCGAAGAUAAAAUUCUACAAACAAGCACAUAAAAACGGAGAACCGCUCAGCCACGAAUACUACGGGCUUCCGCAACAGAUGAUCAAGCGCAAUGGUGCUCUUCUCACAGGACGAUCGGCUCAAGUCGCGGAUUCUGAGCCGAACUCUAGCUUUGAAGAGGAGGAGCCGACCUAUUGCGAGAUCAGAUCAGCGAAUUUGCUCCAAAGAAGUGUAAUUGUAACUGCUUAGCUUAAAAAACCCCUUGCCUCUCCUGCUUUUCCUGAUGGUGCUCCCAGCUGUAAUGUAGUCAAAUCGAUGUCGUCAAUGUAGCCAAAGAUCUACUCCAGAUGGUUCCAGUUGGAUAUCAUGUUCCGCUCGAAAGGGCUCUUCAGGUGGCACGCACUGCCCCGAUGUUGGGGAUAUCGUUGCCCACCUGGACUUCGGCCUGUACUUCCUCAGCCGCCGCCUUGUCAUCCUUGCGGAAACGCAGCUCUAGGUUUUUCAAGGCGCUCGUUAUCAAUAUACAGAAUGCAGCUUAAUUCAGAAGAUUUGAUCCAAAAAACACUCCAAUCCGGUGAUGUAGAACGCCUAGCUUGGAAACUCCCAUGCUUCGCCUGCUUUUGCUGAUGGUACCCCAGCUGUAGAGCAUCAAUGCGUAGUCAAAUCAAUGUCAUUAAUCUAGUCAGAUAUAUUCCUGAUGGUUCCAGUUGGAUAUCAUGUUUCGCUCGAAAGGGCUCUUCAGCCCUCGCGCCACUCGUUGUCGAUCAUCAGAAUGCAGCUUAAUUCAGAAGUUUUGAUCAAAAUAAGGCCAAUCCGGUGAUGUAGAACGCCCCGACUUUCGAUUUGUUCAAAAUUGUGUGUGCUCCUGCCUAAUGUUCAUUUUCGUACGACUUUCUAAACAGUUUACAUCAAUUUUUUCUGAACCUGCUUUGUAAGCUAUAAAAAAUUUUUAAGUGCUACUUCACACCAACAACCCGAAAUUUAACGAAGUGGUAAUAUUUCACAAGCCAAAAUGCUCUUAGUGCUACUCUUUUCAAUGGGUGAUGAACUCUGCAUUUCGCGGAAACUCCAGAAAAACGGGCAACCGAUUAAGCUACUGUACCACCAAUUCUACGUGUCUCCGCAAAAGCGAUAUGGUGCUGUCUCGCGGGACGAUCGGCUCAGGUCGCGGAACCAUUCCAAAAAUCUAACGAGAAUAUACCGGACAAAGAAUUAGUUUUCGGUGUUUUGCGCGUGGUUCAAGAUUCGAGAACAGGUGCGUGUCUGUCCGUAUUGCAUGACAAAUCUUGUGACUUACCUAUGGUUUUACAACCAAGUGGAUAUUAAUGGGCAACCUAUUGAGGGACAGUACCGCCAAUUCUACGUCUCUCCGGAUUCCUGUGCGUCAACCUCGAGCUUGGAGGAGGAGCAGCCAAGGGCAGUCUUCAGAGUAGCGAUCAUAAUUGCUGGUUUUAUUGUAUAAAUGUAAACUGCAGCCUA